AUGUCGCAGACACAGGAGGCGGGGAGCACUACUAUCGACGUGCUUCGAUCUGCGGUGACGACAGGCCAAUCAUCUGUGCUGAAGGAGGUGAAGGCAGAUGCUGUGCUGCUGCAUGUAGAGCGUGUUCUUCCAGUGCUGCUGCAGCUCUGCGACACCAACGAGUCAGUGCCCAAUCUCGCGUUGUUGAACGCGGCGUGGAAGCUGUUGCUCUCAGUCGCUUCCCACAGUUCCAUUGACACACACGUGUACAGCAGAGUUAUGCAGUUUAUGUUCGCACAGCUGCAGCAUCACAUCUUUUCCCACGACUGGUCCGAUGGGAAAAAGGUAAAAAUAGCCGCCUUUGUGGCGUCACAUGUUGUCUCGGCAGUGCGGGCGCAUCCCUACUAUGCUGCCCGCGACACGGAGUUGAUCGGCACUGCAGUGGAGAUGUACACCACAGUUUGCCUGACUGUCGCUACAAGUGCACACAUGGAGGCCGCGCGGCAGCUGCACCAAAACAUUGGUGUGCGUCUUCUGGCCAUAUUAGAGGCGAUAGGGUCUGCGUGUGAUGGGCCGCGGCGGAUUUCGGCAGAGGAGCUGCUGCAGAUACUCCUGCGCUGUCUUGAGGGCCCCUCACAAGAGACAACAGCGGUGCUCCCCAGCGGAAGCGCUGCUGCUGGCGCCGCGGUAGCGGCGCUGACGGCGACAAUGGCAGUGGUGGGACCCCUGCUGCUUGUGUGCGACAGGGCGUCUGCGGAGACGCUGCUUACCGCCUUUCUUCUUUGGUUGCCGGAUAUGCAACACGUGCUACUCGACGUGGGCGAAAGCGAAGCGGCAUCAUCUUGCGAAGAAGAGGAGCCCGGUGCCCUCCUGCAUCGGCGCGUGGCGCGACAGGCGAAGCAUCUGCCCUGCGACUUGUUUACCGCUUCACGUGAGAGCGACGAGGCCACGGAUUCAACAGGGGAGGUGGGCCUCGAGACGCAGCUGCUUUUACUACUGCGCGGACUCGCAUGCAAGAGUGUCGAUGCGGCACAGCUAGCAGACGUAUGUGAUGGGGCGGGGAUGCCGACUCAGGGAUCGCUGCUGCGCUGCCGAGUGUUUGGGCUGUUGAUGGCCGCACUGCUCGUGCCCAACGACAGCAGCAUCGCGCGUGUGCUGCUUGUGUGGGAGGCGGUGCUGCACCAUCUGUCUGACCUCAAUAAGGAGAUACUUGGUGCGGAGCUUCUGCAGCUUGGUGAGGACCAACUGCGUGCCCUCCGCGAGAUUCCAAGUACGAUGCCACAGGACAAGGUGGAUUGUCUGCACCGUUUUCUCAACGCAACAGCAGCCUUGCUAGCGGAGAUCUGCAGAUUGCUACACCGCCCACCGGAAGCACUUACUAACGCUGCUUCUGGUACUUCUGCAUCACAGACGACGCUCAUGAUGAAUGCACCUUUCUACUCACCGAAUCAGCUUUCUUUUUGCAGCAUGGUAAGCUGCUUGUACCACCAGUCGCGCACCUAUCAGUGGUGGAAUGAAGAGGCAGCUAUGAAGGAGGAGACAACCCACACCGUGGAGACGGCGCUCCACGACGAGCUCCAAGCCGUGCUGGCGGAAUGGCAACGUCACUCGUCUGCGCAGUCGGUGGAUGAAGAGGGUGAGAAGGGGAAGGGCAACAACGGUGUGCUGCAGCAGCGGCUGCGCGCAGCACUUGUGUCCGUUCCUGGGAGGCUCAGCGGCAUGCUGCAGCAAUCCGCCCCACCCGGCAGCAUUACAGCCGUCCUGCUGGUUGCCACGCGACUUCUGCAGAGCAUCACGGAGGCAGCGAGCACCUCCUCGCCACUUCGCGUGUGUGCACGUUUCGUGGCGGCAGAGCUCCUCGCGGUGGCAGGACUCGCUCCGUGCGACGACCCUACGUUCCUAGCAUGUGUGCGUCGGCUCGUGGAUCUCAGUUUCUCCGCAGCGGCAGCUGGCGCAGACACACAGGCGGAGGGAAUGGCGCGGUACCACGCCGCCGUGUGCCUCCGAAACUUUGUGCAGCGUAACACGAUGGUGCCGCUGGACAAACUACGGCUCUCUGCUGCUGCCACUGCCGCACUGAUGAGUCUGCUGCAGGGGAAGGUUGCCGAUGCUGUGGAUGUGGACGUGCGCCGCUGUGAGGGCUUGAUCGCCCACCGCGUGGAGGCGUGGGAGUGCCUCGUGUCGCGCUGCAGCCAGAUGACAAGCAGCGACGUGACAAUCGGCUCGCUCUUCGACCUCGCGCCACCUGACGCCUCCGCGCAGAGCAGCGCAAGCAGCAGUGAGGCCCGAUUCCUCUUGCCACUCCAGCGCUGCGAGGACACACUGCGGGCGGUGUUGCAGUGGCGCGAGGGGGGUCGUUUGCUGCGGCCAGCAGAGGAGUCGGCGCUGAGCCGUGUGGAACAACUAGUCUGCGCCGUCACGAACGUAACGCGUGCCACCGUCACCAGCGCCGAGGAGAUGAUCGACUCGUCAGCGGACGCGGUGCGGGUAUCCGGAGUGAGCCCAGAGUUCAUUCACGUGGAUUAG